AUGCUGAAAAUAAUAAAUAGUUUAUCUCACCAUGGCCUUUGUUUGGUGCUUGCACAACUGUCGCUAGGCAACAGGCCAGAUAAACUGGAACUAACUGAAGAAGAAUGGAAGGAACGCCUAACUCCGGCACAGUUUAGGAUAACCAGAAAGGGUGGCACAGAGAGGUCAUUCUAUAACAAGUACUACUGGCACAAGAAAGAAGGGGUCUACCACUGUAUCGGUUGUGACACUCCUUUGUUUAGCUCCGAGACAAAAUAUAACAGUAAUAGUGGAUGGCCAGCCUUCUGGGCUCCUAUAGUGUGCCCUGAUGAUAACCAGCCUAAUGUCAAACUCAUUCCUGUAGAAAGGCCAGAUCGGAUUUUUCAUGAAGCAAAAUGCAUCACGUGUGAUGCCCACCUUGGUCAUGUAUUUGAUGAUGGCCCACCACCAACUGGAUUGAGAUACUGUAUCAAUAGUGUAGCCCUAAACUUCACAGAGGCACCAGAAAAUGAACUUGAAGAUCUUGAACAAUAGUAGCUCUUAUUAAAUGAACCAUUGCCAUUGGAUAUGUCAGUUUUUGGAGUGGAAAUAAAAUUUUGUGUUGUUUUAUCAUACACAAUGUC